GCAAACAUAAAAUAUCUGUCAGUCGAUAGAGGCAAGAUAUUAGCUAGAAACCGACUUCAAGCUGAAGUAUCGAAAAUGCCAUACUUUGUGCUAUAUCUUAAUGUUCUUAAGUUGUUAAUAAUUUGAUCUGUAACGGCAGUUUUUCCCCGGAAAUGCCUAAUUCACUGAUCGUUAUACGCACGUGGCACAAUCUAUCCUCAGUAUCCUGUCGACCGUUAGAUUUUCGACAAUUAUUUUUAUUGUUUUGAUAACUAGAACCAGCUUUACAAUUAUGGAUAUUGCACACGCUCUGUACGGCUAUCCAGAGCUGUUCUGUAACGACACACUAUGCUGGAGAAGAAUACGAUUGAUCAAAUUCAUAUUCUGCACGAUCUUCUUGGCUGUAUUUGACAUAGUCACUGAUGUCAUAUUUAUAGUCAACUUAUGGCUGGAUCAGAAAUGUGGCUUAGCCGUGCCGUUAUUGCUUGCGAUAUCAUCGGUUCCGUUGCUUCCCAUUGUGGCAUCCUUGAUUAAACAGAGUUUCGCGUGGCAUCACCAGUGGGCACCGGCUUCUUCUUUGAAUUGGCGGCUCGCUCGACAGUUGCUGGUAAAAAGCGAACUGGGCGUACUGGCUACCAAAGACGGGGAAAGAUUUGCUAUUGAAGAGCCUCUGCCCUGUCGUAAUAAGGGCGUAUGUUGGCUACUGGAAGUUUUUCCCAUAAAUUUUGUGCGACGUGGUAUUCUGUUUUGGCAAGCCUGGAAAACCGGAAUGCAGACAGCUGAAAGCAUGCAAAACGGACGGAAAACGUUUAUCGAAAAUUAUUCCAGCGCUAGCGACAUCGAAUUUCAAGAUCUGCAUCUGCAACGAAUCCAUUUAACGGAGAUCAAAUACGAAGUCUGCUUGCAGGCAAAAAUUCUGCUGUUGCUGACCGUGUUGGGAGUGACCUCGCCGCCGACAGCAGCAUACAUUGCACUGACGUCAUCGGUGCUGUCCAUUAUUCUGGGAUUUUGUUCAUAUGCCAAACUACCGGGGAAAUGUGCAUUUAACACGCAGAUCUUUUUGGAAAAGCAGUGCAUCAGUGAACAAGAGGCACAUAAGUUGCUCUUGUCAAAUAUUGUAAUCGCGCAUGGGGUCGCUGUUAAUACGGUUUUUAUGUUUUUCUUUCCGGUGUUCAUAACGUACUUGACUAUCUACAACUGGCACAUUUCGCUGGGAUGGGCGGUAAUGCAGUCGUGUAUACUUCUGGCUGCUUUAAUUAUCUGCUACACUUACAUGAACAUCCGUAAGUAUACCGCUGCUCACGAGGGACAAAAAGGCUGGAAGUACCGACUGAGCUCAUUCUGCACGCAGUGCAGUGAAGUCUGCAUUUUGAUUGGCUAUUUUCUGUUGGUGCAAAUGGGGACCACGUUAACACUUCUGGGAAUGCUGAUACUGUUCAUGUUCUUGAUAGUGGGAUUUUUUAUUUUUCUUGCGACCUAUUACGCAAAACGGGAUGUGGAAUGGAAGAGGGAGCUGCGAUGUCCCAACUCGUCUACGAAGCCCACUGCGUUGUCCGAUACGAUACUCUGGUUUACCGCGUGGCCCGGGAUUAUAGCGUUGUUGUGCUUGGCCGUUGUUCUCGGCAACAGCAUUUCGAUUUUGUCUCGAACUGCUUGGCGACGCCUAAAUAAGAAAGCGGAACGCUUACGCCAGUAUUUCAGGUUUUCCAACAUGGUGCUCUCCGUGCUUGAAUUGCCGGCAUAUGUCAGUUGGCGUCAUCGUCGGAGAUGCGAGAAAUGUUCAGCUUUUCAGAAGCGUUAUUGCAAUCGACGACCUUGUUGGCUCUGCGAAUGGAUAUGGUGCGACACUUAUGAUUCGUCUCAUAGACUGAAAACUGCGCCUGAAAACCAUGAAUUGCUCCGGGGUUGUAAACCGGUACCGUUUUUAGAGGAAACUCAGCAUAACGAUAAUGCAACCAAUCUGAUAAAACUGCUUGUUGGAUUCGCCGAUACAACCACGGGUGACUGGCUGUUGUGCAGCAACCAUGCAGCAGAAGUUACGCACAGAAGAGCAGAACAGAAUAAUUUUACAGAGACAGUUACCAUGGCCGGUAUAACCGUCAAUGCUGUUAAUACAGAGAGCAACGAUAGGACGCUCGAAUUGUCCGUCACAAAUCCCCGGCACACAUUCCGAACGCGUCUCUCUGAAUUGCAUUUAUUCUUAAGAGAAUUAUAUUCCGAUAAGCUCUUGAACAAGGAACUCCCGCGGCAGCUGUUUUUCAAGUCAGAACUGUACGACAGAAAAAUCACAGCUCUUGAGGAUCAUGACCUUUAUAUGGCAGAAGUCGAAGCGGUCAGGAACGCGCAUUCCUCGUGUGGAAAAAAUUGCGUGCUGAAACCAAACGGUGCAGCGCGUUCCAGUCCACUAAAAUUUAAUUUACAACCAAAAGGCCUCGAGGCUGUUGAAUGGAUCUUAGAUAGAGAACAAGCCGAUGGACGAUUCAUCCCCGAUCCUUUAGACUAUGCCUUUUUUAACGGAUCUAGUGUAUCUUCCUUACCGGCGAACCCAGAUAUAGAGUGUGAAACUGCGCGGGAAUGCCCGCUAAAUGCGACCGAAAAUGCAACCACUGUUUAAACGAUUACGAGGACCUCUAUCGAUCACCAUAAUGUGCCCGUAACGCUAUCACAGUCCAACUCGAGACAUGCACAAUUUCUGCCAUAACCUAAGCAGAAGCCUAUGCGCAUUUGCACGGCAAGAAAGCUUAAGGCGAAAAUUAAGGAAAAUGCAGCACCAUGUGGAUUCUCGAGAAUAUUAUUCGAGUUACGCCGAUGCAAGAAAGUUCGGUCCAUCUUAUACGGUUUUAAAACGCUGUUUUUGUUGUUAGCAACUUGCAGCAAGGACAUUGACCGGCGUGGUAUUUGUUACCGUUCCUCGCAACGGGCGGGCGGGCAUAUACAAGUUAUACAGUGCAAGCUGCACAACAUAUUUCGAAGUAUUGCGGGUACCGUGGAUGAUCAGAUGCGAUCGAAAUCUAACAACCUUGCUACAGAAGAUAAAGAAAGUGCAAAAACACACCUAUGUGUUGUAUGUAAACUGUACAGUGUACGGUUUCUGAUAUUCAUAAUUUAAGAAACUGCGACCAGGGUUUUACCUCGAUGUACGUUGUACUUCCGAAAAGGUAUAAGAAAAUGACAGGAAAACUUCCAACCUGUGCACUACAUGGUACUACUACCAAUUUAAUCAGCAAAAUGUCCGCUCGCCUUGUUUUUUCUCGAUCGCUAUGGCUAGCUUUCUUUAUUUACAUCCAUGUAGAGAGUAGCCAGGGAUCACCAGCCAACGACAGACCGCUUAUCAUUACUAUUAAAUUGGUCCCAUCCAUGAAAAAUAUGAACUCAAGGCUGGAUUCAUCCAAGAUGGCUGCUGUGCAUUCUGUGCUUUAAAAAAUGGGUCAAUUAAGGCUUAUCUAGCUGUUUUGGAUAAGGGUUUUGGGGGGUCCUACUGCGACUACCCGUCAACUAGCAACUUUUUAGUUCUUAAUCUGGAUUCUGAAUAUUCUACUCUUGGAGUGAUCCUAGCAAUCCGAGCCUGAUAAGCGAAGUUGUUUUAUGUGAAUCGCCAUGUGAUACAAAUUGGGCCUUCGACAAUGUUACUUGGGGGGAAUUUAUAUGAACCCCAAGUAAUGUGGGUACGUCGUUUCCUCGUUGAACGGUCUCGUUCUUAUGUUCCCUAGAGCUCUUGUUCUGCCUGUGUGCUUCAAUUUUGUAGCGUCCACAUGCCGUCGCAGUUGUUUUCUUGCUCUGGUUGUGGCAAGCAGCUACGAGGAUGGGAAACCACAAGAACGCUUGCCCAAAAACGCUGUCCACGACUAUGGAGAAAAUCCCCGUCACACUUUCCACGACCGACAAUUCCUCCGUACCUGCACCCACGCCCCCAGCAGAACCCUUUCGUCCAUCGAAGGAACGAAUCAUGCGGCGAAUCCCACAUGGAGCAAGGCCUGCCGCCAGGGCGUCGCUGUUGAAAGCUCUCCAGCAGGUCGCCACCAAUAAUGACAGCAACUCUCUCCGCCAGCCCGUAAAGAGCAAGUCCGGACAUUCAGCGUCCCUAGCGUCCACGGUCAAGCAGAACAUCGGGAUUUUUGAUAGCGGAGCCGCAGUCCCUCCUACACCUUCGCCGCCCGCCAGGAAGAAGCGUACAGACCAGGACGAUCUUGUGCGCAGGGUUGGGCAAAAAAUUGACGACGGCUCAAUUUCGGGGGCAAUGAGAAUCGUUAUGUCGACUGACGCUGUCCUUCGACCGACUCCCGACGUUCUAGCAGAACUCCGUGAAAAGCACCCCGAGAGCGACCCACCCCUUGUAGUUCGCUCCGAUCCGCCCCCUCAAGAGGCCGCCCGCAUUACUCGGGAAGAAGUCUUCGCUGCCGUUCACAGCUUCCCAAAGGGAUCUGCCGCGGGGCCGGAUGGGUUAAGACCGCAGCACCUUGCAGAUUUGGUCGGAGCCAAGCUGGAUGCCCACUCCGCCCCCCUGUGCGACGCUCUGGCGACCGUCAUGAGCAUCGCCGUCGACGGAAACAUUCCCGCUGAAAUACGCCCUGCAUUUUUUGGUGGCAAACUGAUCGCCUUAAGAAAGAAGGAAGGCGGGUUGCGCCCCAUCGCGAUUGGGAUGAUCCUCCGCCGGUUGACAGCUAAGAUAAUUUGCACCCGACUAAAAGACCGUUCAGCAGCCAUUUUGUCUCCGCAACAAUUGGGAGUGAACGUGCGCGGUGGAGCAGAAGCGAUUGUUCACGCGACCAGGAAAUUUCUCGAAUCCACUGGCGACACGACCAAGGUUGUUCUCAAGGUGGAUUUAAAAAACGCUUUCAACACCUUGUCUCGUGAAGCCGUUUUGACCGCAGCGAAAGAGCGCUUUCCAGAGUAUAGCGAUUUUCUCACCGCCGCCUACGGCCAUCACUCAACCCUCUUCGUGGACGACCUGACAUUAUCGUCGGAAUCCGGUGUCCAACAGGGCGACCCACUAGGCCCGCUGCUGUUCAGCCUCGCAUUGCACCCACUGGUAUCCUCGUUGAACACCGAACUCAACGCAUGGUUCUUGGACGACGGGACCAUGGGCGGAGCUCCGGCGACAGUGGCGGAUUGUUUCAGCCGGAUAACUGAACGCGCUCGUGCUAUCGGACUGCAGGUCAAUGAAGCCAAAUGUGAACUAUUUGUUUUUGGUGGAACACUUGAUUCGCAGCGAAAUGUCACAGCGGAAUUCAUUGACCGUUUCCCGCGAUUGCGCAUUUUGUCGGCGUCUACCCUGUCCCUGCUUGGCGCGCCUGUUCUGGAUGAAGCAAUUGGCCCGCUACUCAUUGAGAAAGCCAGCACCUUGAAGGUGGUGUGCGAACGGCUCCAGCUGCUUUCCAGCCACCAAGCACUGUUCCUACUGCAGAACUGUCUCGGCGCCCCGAAAAUCAUUUAUAUGUUGCGGUGCUGUAAUGCAUGGAAAUAUCCCGCCCUGCUAUAUCAGCUGGAUGAAACGAUGCGCGAUUGUUUCCAGAAUCUGUCAAACGUACGAACCAACCACAACGACUACCCGCCUUGGCGUCAGGCAACCCUCCCGGUUAGCAGAGGUGGAAUUGGCAUUCGUCGGUCGGAAGAAUUAUCUUUACCAGCCUUCUUGGCUUCGAUUCAUUCCGUAUCCGGCUUGCUCUCUUCAUUACUGCCUGACCACGGUGUUGUCGAUGUUUCUGGUGCAGUGGAGUCAUGGAAACUGAAAGCCCGCCAGCCUGAGAUUCCUGAGUUAGCAUACCGGAAGUCCCAAAAGGCUUGGGACUUGCCAUUAUGCAAUGUUUCCCUCUCCUCCCUGCUCGAGGUGUUUCAGGGUGACGAGAUAAGUACAGCGCGCCUGCUUGCUCAGUCCAGACCUGAAUCCGGGAUCUGGUUGAACGCCCUGCCAUCCGCUCACAUUGGUAACCUGCUGGGCGACGACGAAUUGAAGAUCAGCGUUGGUCUCCGCCUCGGCGCCACGAUCUGUGAACCUCACGACUGCGUCAAAUGUCUCAAACCCGUGGAUGGUUACGGUCACCACGGGCUGUCAUGUGUUUUCUCCGCCGGAAGGCAUCCUCGCCACGGCGGGCUUAACAGCAUCAUCUGCGUGUCCGCCGGUGUGCCCGCAAAACUGGAGCCGCGUGGAACCUCUCACACUACGGAACGCCGCCCGGACGGUUGCACGACAUUUGCAUGGAAACGCGGGCUGUGUCUCGCAUGGGACGUGACAUGUGUAGACACGGUUGCGCUGUCACAUGUCAAAGCAACUUCGACCACAGUGGGAGCGGCCGCCGUGCAAGCUGAGGAUAAGAAAUCCAGACUCUAUAUUUACCUAGCUGGCCGUUACCUAUUCGUUCCAAUAGCCUUUGAAACCAUGGGCCCAUGGGGACCGUCAGCAAUCGCAUUUAUCAAAGAACUGGGGAAGAGACUUCAGCAGCAAACUGGCGAAGCACGCUCGCAUGAAUUUUUAAGACAGCGCUUGUCGAUAGAGAUUCAGCGGGGUAACGCGGCGUCAGUGCUUGGCACGAUGGAAGGGCUGGAUAAAUUAAAUGAGAUUUUCUUGUUGUAGUUUGCAUGUUUCUUUCUUUACUUUGCCCCCAAGAAACGCCGUACGUGAUAGAGUGCGACGACUAUUCGAUUCCCAGUAACUAUAUUCCAGUUAAUGAAACCGAAAGAGGGAGUCCAAAUACUUAAGUAUAUUCAAGGCUUUCUUGUGGAUCUGCUGAAAGCGCUUGCCGACAAAGGAAAUUUCCGCUAUGCGAUCCGUUUAGUCAACGACAGAGGUCUCAAACGGCAUUUUGCCUACGGCAUCAAACAUGGAGGUACGGACUACCGCCUGCAUUUACUGAACUGGAAAACACUCGUACAAGAACAGCACUAAUAGUGCUAUAUCUUCUAUAUCUUUUACACAGUUAAAUUAUCGAUAUAAAUACCGGAAAAUCUAAAUAGCGAGUUUCCGGCCAACUGCAACUGAAAUUGCACUUUCAGUGGGAUAGACGGGAUUGAUAAGUGAACUGAUAAGGAAGAAAGCUGACCUUGCUUUGGCGCCUUUUACUGUAACGGAAGAAAGAACCGAAGUUGUUGAUUUUACCUCACCAUUUUUGGAUAAUGGCCUCGCCAUUCUCUACAAGAAACCAACAGUAAAUGCGGAAGGGAAAUUACUACUUCCUUUCGCCAACGCGGACGAACUGUCGAAACAAACGGCCAUCACAUAUGGGAUCACUGAAGGUGGCGCAACAUGGAAUUUUUUCAAUAACAGCCAAGCUGAACCAUACAAAAGAAUGUGGACAUCCAUGAAUGCCCAUCCAGGGCAGUCAUUUUUGGAUGAAUACGAGCAGGGCAUUCGGCGAGUUCAGGUUCGGAAUGGGAGUUUCGCUUUUAUCAUGGAUAAGCUAGCGGCGGAACAUACUACGGGCCGCGCAUGCGAUACUAUGGUUAUCGGGUUUGGUGAAAACUGGAAUUCCAUCAUAAAAGGUAGCAGCCUGGCCCUUCCGCUGUCUUCUCCGUGGACUAUAGGUAUAGGAUAUAGGUAGCACUACCUAUGACAAAUGGCGCUCCUGGUCAGAACAAUGUGCCAACCUGACGGUGGCUGUGGUUUUGCCCCAGCCGAAUUUGGGUCGCCGACGCCGACAGGGUUUCAGUCGGUUCCUGAAGCAACGAAGCGGCAUGCGGCCGCAUAUGAUGGUUAUUCUGCCUGUGGAUGGACGCAGGAAAAAAGAGCUGGCAGCUCUUGGAAAAGAGAAAGAGCACUACAAGGCGGCCGCAACUCAAUUCGAGCGAGAACGGAAUUUCUAUAAAAGGGUGGCUGAAAGAAGUCGAGCGCUUCUUCAGGAAAUGCAGACUAGCGCAACCCCUUCAAGUCCUGUUUCCACUCAUUGCGCGAAGCAAGUAACAACAGGGUAUUUCCCUGUUUCGCCACAACGUGCUAAGCGCACAUCUCCACCCCAGCCCCUGCAGAGCACAGUUGUGUCUGCAAUGGCAUCUGGUGCCAUUUACCGCGCAGGUUUACUGCAGCAGACCGGCCCAAAGCAACCUGUGGUGCCGGAGAGCCGCGGUAGUCAGGGCCGUCUGAUUAUCUUGCCGGCAACAAUGUCAGAGGAAGCCAUUUCUGCCUGGCCUCCGGCUGAAACAGAUGACAUUUCUGACAGUGUCAUAGCCAGAACCGACUGCAUCAUCCAUUCACCUGGAUUGAAAAUGGUACCUGUCAGUGUACCAUUCACGGAUUUCCGGACGCUUGAUUUGGCAGCGGAGCUUCAACGGACAGCUGCUGGCAGGUCAGUACGUUUCCAACCUUAUAUCCGCCCCCAUGCGAGGGCAACACCGACUGUUGCUCGAGGGGCGACUGUGACAAAAAACGCCCUGCAGCAGUAACCCGGAGAUUUACUGCUGCUUACGGAAGCCAAAUCCCUCCGAUUUCGGAGGAGGCCAAGGCGGAGUGGAACCGCCUCCUCCUCGGAAGCUCGACCACGAUGCGGAAUAUUCCUGCAACGCCCAUGGCGGACGUGGAAACUGCGCCUGCGUGGUGCAGGGUGUGGAAGGAUCCGGAUAAGGUGCCGUCUGUCAGCGGCACUGUAAAAGGGCCACAAGAGGCCCUUGACACCGUCCUGCUACCAGCCACCAUCGUCCUAGUAGGAUGCCAGUAGGACGCACAUACUUGCCCGAAAGAAGCGAUACCCUUUUUUUGAUCAGUUUUUGUUAAGAGCAUCUGAUACUCUUUGUGCUUUGUUUUCUCACGGGCUGAGGGCAGCCCUUGUUGGGAGGAGGGGCAUGUGUCACGGUGUAUACUGUAACCGCCCAUGAUGGCGAUUAGCUAUGGAAGUGCCCCUGUUAAUGGAUUUUCUACUGGAAUAUCAGUGUCUUUGAUCUUGAAUUAUCCAUUUUUAUGUAUU